AGCCGCCCGCGUCCCCGCGCGCACCCCGGGCUCCCGAUGGCCCCCGAGGCCGGGGCGCCCCCGCGCGUCCCGCGCCCGCUGCCCUGGGCGGCGCUGCUGCUCCUGGCCGCGCUGCUCCCCGUCGCUUCCUCGGCGGGGGCCCCAGUUGACCACCCACUGAAGCCAAGGCGCGUGAAACUGCUGUCCAGUAAGCUAGGCCUGAAGGUCACGUGGGAGCCACCCAGAGAUGCCGCCAGUAGACCCGUGGAGCAUUACAACAUUGCCUAUGGGAAGUCACUGAAAAGCCUUAAGUACGUCAAGGUGAAUGCGGAGGCAUCCUCCUUCCUUACUGAGGAUGUGGAGCCGGGGGUAGUGUACUUUGUGCUGGUUACUGCAGAAAACCACAGUGGAGUGAGCCGUCCCGUUUACAGAGCUGAGAGCCUGCCUGGAGGUGAAUGGAUCAAGAUUGAUGGUUUUCCCAUUAAGGGUCCAGGAGCAUUUAAUGAGACCAUCACAGAAAAGGAAGUGCCCAACAAGCCCUUGCGUGUGCGUGUCCGGUCCUCGGACGACAGGCUGUCGGUGGCAUGGAAGGCGCCACGCCUGUCUGGAGCCAAGAGUCCACGCAGAUCACGCGGGUUUCUCCUGGGCUAUGGGGAGAGUGGCCGGAAGAUGAAUUACGUUCCCCUGACGAGAGAUGAGCGGAGCCACGAGAUUAAAAAGCUGGCCUCGGAGUCGGUGUACGUGGUCUCCCUGCAGUCCGUGAACUCCCAGGGCCAGAGCCAGCCGGUCUACAGGGCUGCCCUCACCAAACGGAAGAUCUCAGAAGAGGACGAACUGGACGUCCCCAGAGACAUCAGUGUGCGGGUUAUGUCGUCCCAGUCUGUGCUUGUGGCCUGGGUGGACCCCGCGGUGGAGAAGCAGAAGAAAGUCGUCGCGUCCAGGCAGUAUACCGUGCGCUACCGAGAAAAGGGCGAGUCAGCCAGGUGGGAUUACAAGCAAACCGCUAACAGGCGUGCGCUGAUCGAGAGCCUCAUUCCAGACACCGUGUAUGAAUUUGCAGUCCGUAUCUCACAGGGCGAGCGAGACGGCAAGUGGAGCACCUCGGUCUUCCAGAGGACCCCCGAGUCUGCUCCUACCACAGCUCCUGAAAACUUACGUGUCUGGCCAGUCAAUGGCAAACCUACAGUUGUCACCGCCUCCUGGGAUGCACUGCCUGAGACCGAGGGGAAAGUGAAAGAAUACAUUCUGUCCUACGCCCCGGCGCUCAAGCCGUUUGGAGCCAAGUCCCUGACCUACCCCAGAGGCACCACUUCCGCCCUGGUGGACGGCCUGCAGCCGGGGGAACGCUACCUGUUCAAGAUCCGGGCUGCCAACAGGAGGGGCCCCGGCCCUCCCUCCAAAGCCUUCAUUGUGGCGAUGCCGGCAGCCAGCGCAGCUGAGCGGGACGCGGCGCAGAGCACGGUGGAGAACUGGAAGCCCCAAAGCCCCGCGGCGCCCUCCCCUCCGCCCCAGACCCCAGCUCCCUCAGGGCACACGCGUGUGCCUGCCUCCCCGCGAGGCAGCAAAGCCAAGGACCUGCUCCUGGACUUGAAGAACAAAAUCCUGGCUAACGGGGGGCUGCUCAGGAAGCCCCAGCUCCGCCCCAGGAAGACUGGAGAGCCGGAUCCUCAGUCGACCGAAGUCACCCAGGAGGAGGAGCCGGACUCCCUGGAGGACCCACGCACGACGCCCCUGCAGACUCAAGAGCACAGGCAAACCCUGAGGCCACUGAGUAGACCGGGCCACCCAGCCCUGGUCCCUGGCAGGACUCCAGCUAGGGCCAGGGUGCCAGGGCCGCCCCGGCAGGAAGGUGUGCACAGGCGUGGCCAAGGCGCCCACCACACAGCCCCCCAGGGCACACCUGACCGAGCUGCAGCAGGGCCCACGGCGCCAUCGCAGCCCACAGUGCCUUCCCCGGCCUCCUCGCGUUUCUCCUCCAGGACCCAGGGGUCCAGGGGAGGGAGCGAUGGUGACAACGGGGAUGUGGGAGACAGCAGGAGGCAGGACCCAGUCACGGCCCCCACUGCGCGGGCCAGGCCUGCCUCUGGACACCUCAGUUUGCUCCGAAACAGGCCCUUUGCUGCCCAUGGCAGGUUUCCCAGCAGGCUGGGCGGUGGCCGGGGACUGCGGCUGCAGCCCUCCCGCUCCCCCCAGGCCACUGUGGCCUCCCCAGCCCACUCCAGGGCUCAUCCUCAGCCGGCUUCCCACCCUUGGCCAGGCUCCUCUGUCCACACAGAGGAGGAGGAUGAGCAACCACUCCCGGCCACUGUGGUCCAUGACCACGUGCCUUCCUCCUCCAGGCAGCCCACCUCUCGGGGCGGGGAGCCCCUGCGGAGAGGCCCCCAGAGAGGGGCCAGCCUCUACCACAAGGAGGCCAUUCCAGAGAGCCCCAAGUCAGCCGGGACAGUCAUGCAUCCUCAGGACAAGACCGCCGCGCUGACCCAUAAGACACUGGACGCUCAGCAAAGCACGGACGUGGACGAGGAACUGCGUUCCCCUCAGACACGGCCUGUGUCCAAUGGCCACCGGCUGCCCCCUGCCCGGCCCCCUGCGUCCAGCACACCGGGCCCGGCCAGCUCCCGGGCAGUACUCCACACGGCCUCCCCGCGUGGUGACCUGCAGUCCUCGAGCGGCUCCAUGGACGGCAGCACCCAGGUCGCCGGCCAGGCCUUUCCCCAUCAGGCCACACCUCACGACCGCGGGGCCCAGCGCGCACCUGCUGGCUCCUCCCCGCGGCCUGGCUGGCCCCGGAGCCCCAGCAGGACAGGGGUCCAGGCCACCCCAGGGCAGAAGGAGGCACUUUCCAAGCGGCCCCUGCUGUCCAAAUCUCAACAGUCGGUAUCUGCAGAGGAGAAGGAGGAGGAGGAGGAGGAGGACGCGGGGUACCUGAAGGGGGGAAAGGAAGCCCCUCUGCCUCCCUCUGUGUCCAAGUGGCCCUCUGCCACCAGCCCCAGGGGUGGCAAAUACACCAAGGACAGGAUGCCGCCUCCAGGCAGCACCCCGAGAACGCCACAGCCGCCGACGGGACACCCGCCUCGCAGCCCGGCGGUGAGCGCCUCCUCCCGGCCGUGGCCACCCACGCGUGCGCCACCUGACUUCUCGUCCACCACGCCCAUGCUGUCCCUGCGCCAGCGGAUGCAGCGCCGGUUCCGCACCCCUGGCUCCCGCCAGCCGCCCAGGUCUCUGCACACACAAGGUUAUAACGGCAGACCGAAUGCGGAAGGGAGAGUACUCCCUGGUAGUAAUGGGAAACCGAAUGGACAGCGAAUUAUCAAUGGCCCUCAAGGAACAAAGUGGGUGGUGGACCUUGACCGUGGGUUAGUGUUGAAUGCGGAAGGAAGGCACCUCCAGGAUUCCCACGGAAACCCUCUCCGGGUUAAACUAGGAGGAGAUGGUCGGACCAUUGUGGAUCUUAGCGGGACCCCGGUGGUGAGUCCUGAUGGCCUUCCCCUGUUUGGGCAGGGGCGACACGGCAAGCCACUGGCCAGCGCCCAGGAUAAGCCCAUUUUGAGUCUUGGAGGGAAGCCUCUGGUGGGCUUGGAGGUUGUCAAAACGACCACCCUUCCCCCCACCACAACCCGGCGGCUCACCACAACUACCACCCCUCUGCCUGUCACUACCCCGCGGCCCACAACCACCACCACCCGCCGCACGACCACCACCACCCGUCGCAUGACCACUACCACCCGCCGCACAACCACCACCACGCGCCCGACCACCACCACCCGACCCACGAGGCGGACAACCACCACCACCACCACCACCACCACUACCACCACCACUCCUGAACCUACUACCUCCCCCCCAACCUGCCCCCCCGGGACCCUGGAACAGCACGAUGAUGACGGCAACCUGAUAAUGGGCUCAAAUGGGAUCCCGGAAUGCUACCCCGAGGAAGAUGACUUCUCGGGCCUGGAGACCGACACGGCCAUCCCCACGGAAGAGGCGUACGUGGUGUACGAUGAAGAUUAUGUAUUUGAAACCUCGAGGCCACCGGCCUCCACGAAGCCCACGACCACAGCUACCACACCUCAGGUGGUCCCCGAGGAAGGCACCAUCCGUUCCUUUCCCGAAGAGGAGUUCGACCUGGCCGGAAGGAAGCGCUUUGUUGCUCCUUACGUGACGUACCUAAGUAAAGACCCAGCAGCACCGUGCUCUCUGACAGAUGCCCUGGAUCACUUCCAAGUGGAAAGCCUGGAUGAAAUCAUCCCACAUGACCUGAAGAAGAAUGACCUGCCCCCUCAGCAUGUCCCCCGAAACAUCACUGUGGUCGCCAUGGAAGGCUGUCACUCGUUUGUCAUUGUGGACUGGGACAAAGCCUCCCCUGGAGAUGUGGUAACAGGUUACUUGGUCUACAGUGCAUCCUAUGAGGACUUCAUCAGGAACAAGUGGUCCACACAGGCAUCCUCUGUGACUCAUUUGCCCAUUGAGAACCUGAAGCCAAACACAAGGUAUUAUUUUAAAGUUCAAGCCAAAAACCCGCACGGCUACGGACCCAUCAGCCCCUCAGUCUCCUUUGUUACAGAAUCAGACAACCCCCUGCUCGUCGUGAGGCCCCCAGGUGGCGAGCCCAUCUGGAUACCAUUUGCUUUCAAACACGACCCCAGCUACACAGACUGCCAGGGGCGGCAAUACGUGAAGCGGACCUGGUAUAGGAAGUUCGUGGGAGUCGUUCUUUGUAAUUCCCUGAGGUAUAAGAUCUACCUCAGUGACAACCUGAAAGAUACGUUCUACAGCAUUGGAGACAGCUGGGGAAGAGGGGAAGACCACUGCCAAUUUGUGGAUUCACACCUUGACGGGAGAACGGGGCCCCAGUCCUAUGUGGAAGCCCUCCCUGCCAUUCAAGGCUACUACCGCCAGUACCGCCAGGAGCCCGUCAGCUUUGGCCAGAUUGGAUUUGGAACUCCCUACUACUAUGUGGGCUGGUACGAGUGUGGGGUCUCCAUCCCCGGGAAGUGGUAACCGUGGGCCGCCGUGCUGACUGACUCACCGGGGCUGUGAGCAGGACAGCCUCAGGCCGCUGCCGCCGGGUGCCGGGGAGGCCAUGUGGUGGACACUGGGCAUUUCAGCAUCUUCAGUCUGAAACACAGUCCACUCUCGACCUCGAUUGCAAGCAGGAUCCAGCCUCACUGUUCGCCUCACUUGUCACGGCGUCUGUGUGGGCAGCACACCCAGAGUCACCACGAAGCCGGCAGCUGACUCCGUGACGUGCAGACGUCUGGGGCACGGGGUGUGGACGCUCUGACACCGCCAGGGCAUCGCACACGCUGCGCUUGCCCAUGGAACGCCACACGCUCUGCCUUCCUCAUUAUGGACAUCUCCAACCCAGCCCAACCCAAGCUUCAGAUCUCGUCUGCGCAGCAGAGCCAGGUUACCAAAAACACCCACAAAGACCUGUAUCGUCCUUGAGGUGCAUUGUCUGAACCCACCCACCGCUAGAGUAAACGUAUCAAAUGCCGUGUCAGUCCUCCAAUUUGAUAUGUAUGUAUAUACGCACAUGCAUGUGCACACUCGUCUGCAAGACCAGCGAUUAAAAUGGCCAUGUUUGUGCUAUGUUCAUAA